AACAAUUCAUGAGGGGGCGGACCAAGUAGGGCUGCCUUUGUUAACCAGAGAGGGCGCGGCCGCUGGCAUUCUCACUGCGGGCUUCUCUCAGCUGUACUUCGUUGCUAGAUCGGGUCGAGAUGUCUUACAUCCCGGGCCAGCCGGUCACCGCCGUGGUGCAAAGAGUUGAAAUUCACAAGCUGCGUCAAGGUGAGAACUUAAUCUUGGGCUUCAGCAUUGGAGGUGGAAUUGACCAGGAUCCCUCUCAAAAUCCCUUCUCAGAAGAUAAGACAGACAAGGGCAUUUAUGUCACACGUGUGUCUGAAGGAGGUCCUGCUGAAAUUGCUGGGCUGCAGAUUGGAGACAAAAUCAUGCAGGUGAAUGGCUGGGACAUGACCAUGGUCACACAUGACCAGGCCCGGAAACGGCUCACCAAGCGCUCAGAGGAGGUGGUGCGCCUGCUGGUGACGCGGCAGUCGCUGCAGAAGGCCGUGCAGCAGUCCAUGCUGUCCUAGCAGCCCACCUGUGAUCCUUACCUUGUGCCUACCUGCCUAUUUGUACAGCGACACCACUUCCACGCUCUCUGCUCCUCCAUCCUGGCUUCUGCUGCAUGCUGGGUUCCAGCUCAGAAGGGUGACAGCUGAUCCCAGAGGCCUGAGCCAGUCCUGUUUCCCCUCCCACUCUAGCCCGAGGCUCUGGGACCAGUUCUGUCUCUGGGAUACUGAGGAUUGGAAAUAAGGGCCUGGAGCUGAAUGAAGCCAGUCUGCAAUGACCAAAGCUCAACCCACUGCUGCUUCAGCAGUGCCUGGGUGAGCAGAAAACACCACUUUCUGAGAGCUGCCAAAGCUGGGAAAUGCCACUCGGGGCUGGCUUUCCCUCAUUUGCCCCGGCUGCAGGGCUUGGCCCUGCCUUCCUAUGUCACUUCCACAGUGCCCAAGCCACAUGCUGUCCACCCCGACAUUGCCCAGUGGGGGGCUAGACCCCCCACACGCCUGGAGGCACUAAGAAGGUUCAUCUGGAUGGCAGCUGGUAGCCUCCCAUGCACCCUCACUUCCCUGAGGGGUGCUGGCCUCCCCAGGGUUUGCCUACUUACAGGAUUUAGCUGAGGUUCAAACUGACAUUUCAGGGCAGCUCUCAGGAUUGCCAUUUUUCUCUAUGCCUGUGGUUUUACCUUUUGUAUUUUUUUACUCACAACUUUGAUACACAGUGUUUUUACCUUACUAUUUGGAGAUGCCAGUUCUAGUUUUGAGUUUAGCUUACUAAUUCACAUGUGGGAGCAACUACUCUUAGCAUGUGACCAGCCUUACUUUGGUUACCAAGGAAAUGGGGCAGUAUGAUGCUGCCCCACUCCCAACAUCUCAUGUCCAAUAAAGAUCGCUGGAAUUCAUGAGGGAUCCUUGCUGAGACAUGGAGUGGAAUGGGACAAGUGCUUUGGUUUUAAGGAUGGCUAACAUGUCUCCCACUGUUCUGGGACAAAGCCCAACUCUUUUUAGGCCCACCUGCCCGGGAAAGUGUGUGGCUGGUGUUGCCUUAGAAGCUUUAGUGAGGGCUGAAGUUAUAGUGGUAAAGUGCUUCCUGGCACAGGGGAAGCCCUGGUCCCAGCUCUAGUACCGUGGUGGGUGGUGGAGCCUCAGUGGAAACACCCUGUAUGUGGCAAAGGCCACAUCUAUGUCUGGGUAUACCUUCACUGCAAUUAAGGUGAGGAACCUGGGGUGUCACUGUGAAGCUAGGUUACAUAAAGGAAGUUGGGGGUACUUCAGUGUAACCUACCUUCAGUUCCCACCUGAGAGGGGCCUCAUGGGCACUCUAGGGUUCAUGGGAAAAGCAUCUGCCCCUGAGACUCUAGACAGUUUUGAUCCACAGCCAGGGACAUAACCCUGGAUGUUCCCACAAGUCGAGAGUAGCUAGGUAGUAAGCAGUGAGUGUCUAGUCCUCUGCCUACUAGCUCUGAGAAGGUGCUGCCACUUCUGGAUCCACCUUACAUUGCCAAAUCAGAUUUGUGAAGGAAAGUCCAGAAUUUGAAAUCUCCUAUUUUUAAAGUGCAAUACCCAAGGACAUAUUUUAUAAAAAUCUCUGGGUGGCCUAAAUAAAACCGGUCUAUAGGU